CCGCGCUGGACUGGCAGCGCGCCUCCAGAAAAACACACAUGUACCGGUGACAGAAGCACCCACCCGCUCCGAUGAUAUCUCGUUUGCUGGCUCUGUGCUUGCUCGUCGCGCUCGGCGUCCUCAACGUCGCCAUCGACUACUCCUUCGUCGAGGACGCGCGGAAACUCUUCGCUCGGAGGCCACCGCCAUUAUCCCACUACACUUGGAUCGAGGAUGACGUCCCCGAGCGCAUGCCCCUCCUCAACGCGCGCCCCCACGUCCUGAUGUCCAUCGAGGAGAGCGUGCGCUACGACAUCCGCGCGCCCGAGGCGUCCCUCGAGUGGCUCUGGACGUCGACCGCGGACGACCACGGGAACGUGCACAUGGGCCCGAACAACCGCUUCUUCGUCGUCGCGCUCACGCACCAGCAGCACUGCCUCCGCAGCCUCCGCGCCUCGCUCGACGCCCCCGGGGUGCCCACGGGCGCCGCGCUGCACCACGCCGAGCACUGCCUGACCUUCAUGCGCGAGCAGACGCUGUGCGCGGCGGACUUCUCGCUCGAGCCGGGCGAUGCGUUCGCGCGCAACUACACCGCGGAGCGUGUGGGGGGCGAGAGGGAGUGCAUGGAUGUGGAGGCAUUCUAUGGGACGAUGUGGAGCCAGUGGCAGGAUUGGUUGGGGUUCAAGGCGCAGAUGGCCGCGUAACAUGUAUGGACGGGAUCGCAACUAGAAGGUGAAAUGACAAGUCUGUAAUUUCU